AUGGUGGAUUACCUGGCCAACACGGAGAUCAACAGCCAGCGCAUCGCCGCGGUCGAGAGCUGCUUCGGGGCAUCCGGGCAGCCCCUGGCCCUGCCAGGCCGGGUGCUGCUGGGCGAGGGCGUGCUGACCAAGGAGUGCCGCAAGAAGGCCAAACCGCGCAUCUUCUUCCUCUUCAAUGACAUCCUGGUGUACGGCAGCAUCGUGCUCAACAAGCGCAAGUACCGCAGCCAGCAUAUCAUUCCGCUGGAGGAGGUGACGCUGGAGCCGCUGCCCGAGACCCUGCAGGCCAAGAACCGCUGGAUGAUCAAGACGGCCAAGAAGUCCUUCGUGGUGUCGGCCGCCUCCACCACGGAGCGCCAGGAGUGGAUCAGCCACAUCGAGGAGUGCGUGCGGCGGCAGCUGCUGGCCACGGGCCGCCAGCCCAGCACGGAGCACGCGGCGCCCUGGAUCCCCGACAAGGCCACAGACAUCUGCAUGCGCUGCACGCAGACGCGCUUCUCGGCCCUCACGCGGCGCCACCACUGCCGCAAGUGCGGCUUCGUGGUCUGUGCCGAGUGCUCCCGAGAGCGCUUCCUCCUGCCGCGCCUGUCGCCCAAGCCCCUGCGCGUCUGCAGCCUCUGCUACCGCGAGCUGGCCGCCCAGAAGCGGAAGGAGGAGGAGGAGGAGGAGGAGCAGAGCGUGGGGUCCCCCCGGCAGCCGGCCUACCUGGCCGGGGCCAUCUGCGGAGCAUCCAGCGGGGACGAUGAUGACUCUGACGAGGACAAGGAGGGCAGUGGGGACGGCGACUGGCCCAGCCACGUGGAGUUCUACGCCUCCGGCGUCUCCUGGUCGUCCUUCCACAGCUGA